AAUGUUAUGAUGAUAACCGAGAUAAGAGAGAAUUUUUUUUGAAAAUUUUCCAUUUAAUAUGCAUAUUUCUAUUUAAUCGUAUAUUUUCGUAAGUAAUUUCGUUAUUUCACCGGUUCAAAUUUUCACUACAUCAUGACUUUCCUAGAGGUAGAUCGUACUUCUAUGGAAAGCAAGCUGCUGCUGAACGAGGAAGGUAGCAGCAUGGACUCGUUACUGAGCAGUAUUGGAUCUCCUUCGGUGCCUACGAAGUUAAUCACACCUACUCCAGGAUUAUGUAUAAAAACGUUCACAAAAUCUCAAGAAAAAGUGUUCAUUAACGUAUGUCAUACCGAUGAAAUCCCUCCUCCGAAGGGUGCCACAAUUCCUAUGAGUAUUGGCAGCGAAAAAGAAGUAACUGAUAAAAGUGGAGAACCAUGCGUAGCUUUCGACGUAGCUCUGAAUUCGACUUUCUUUAACAAUAAUAAAAAUGAAAUCGUCAUGUUAACUAUAAUCAACGGGAUCGCCGAUAAACAUGGAAUCGAUCUGGACGAAGAUCGGUACGUUAUUUUAAAAAACAUCAAAUACAAAGGUAAAAUUAGCCCGAUGAAUAUCGAACAACGUCCGGUCAAGCAAGAUCCGCCUAAACAACCUCUCAUCAGCGAAAUUAUUACGAAAGAGCAAAAAGUUCCUGCACGUGAAUCGAACUUCACUACUCCGGAUUAUAAUUUAAUCAAAAUCGACGGAUCGAGACAAUUCUACGCUACUGAAAUCGACUUGAAAGAUGUUACAUCGAAGGAUGAAAUAAAUUUGCAAUUGGGAGAAGAUAGAGUUUAUUUGGCUACGAAUGGUAAAAUGAAAUACGAAUUGGAGUAUCAUUUUCCUGAAACUGUCAACAGUGAUUUAUCUGCAGCCGAAUUCGAUCCUGUAAAACAAAUCUUGACGGUGGUAGCUCCUUUGAAAUGAGAAGAAUUUUAUGAUUUCAUUAAAAGGCCAAGAGAGUUUUAUUGCGUCGGCUCCGUGUACAAUUUAUGAUAGAUUAAUAUUAAGAGUUCAUUUUUAUUAAACAUGAUUCCUUUUGUAUUAAUCGUUGUGUUGAUUUCGUUCGAUUCACAUUGUACGGUAGGGACUCUUUUUUUUAUAUAGUUUGCUGAACGGACUGUGUCUGUAUUUUUUUAGAAUUAUUUUUCUGUGAAUGUGCCUUUGUAUUUUUGUAAAAAUGUUACCUGCGAAGAAACGAAGCAGGGUUAUCAUUUCGAAAAUUUUCUCCCUAUCGAAUCUUCGGAUAUUUUGUAACGUUCGUAUUAUUCUGUAUUUUCCAUUCCUCGAAUUAAAAAAUAUGCUGAUGAUUGGUUUCAGUACAUUCGAAUUUGGUUUUAAUUUUUUGUGUUUUAUCUCGAAGUCAGAAAUGACGAAAAUCAAAUUGUACCGAAGGAAUGGAAACGAUUAAAACUUAAUUUAUUGAAAGGAAAAAUGAUCUGUACGUUUACUGUCUUCCAAUUCUUUCGUCCAUUUAUUAAAGAUUUAUAGUUCACGAUUAUAAACUUA